AUGACUUGCUAUACGGAGUCCGGCUAUUGCUGAGUGAGUAAGUAUACGGAGGACUCAAGUGAACAUACGGAUAUCACAAUUUGAACAACCAGUGUGGCGCGUACAAGGAAUUCAUUGCGGUGAUACUCAGACGGAUUUGUAAAGCACAACAACAACAUGCCCAACUGGGGAGGUGGAAACAAGUGUGGCGCUUGCCAGGGCACGGUGUAUCACGCUGAGGAGGUGCAGUGUGAUGGCAAGAGCUUCCACAAAUGCUGCUUCCUAUGCAUGGUGUGCAGGAAGGGACUGGACAGCACCACGCUGGCCAUCCACGACACGGAGAUCUACUGCAAGUCCUGCUACGGGAAGAAGUACGGGCCCAAAGGCUACGGCUACGGCCAGGGCGCCGGAACACUCAACAUGGACCGAGGAGAGAGGCUGGGGAUCAAACCAGAGGAGACUCAGACCCACAGACCCACCACCAACCCCAACCCCUCGAGAUUCGCCCAGAAGUUUGGCGGUUCAGAGAAGUGUGCGCGAUGUGGGGAUUCUGUUUAUGCAGCGGAGAAGGUCGUAGGGGCAGGCAAGCCGUGGCACAAAAACUGUUUCCGCUGUGCCAAGUGUGGGAAGAGCCUGGAGUCCACCACUCAGACAGAGAAAGACGGCGAGAUCUACUGCAAAGCAUGCUAUGCCAAGAACUUUGGACCCAAAGGUUUUGGGUAUGGCCAAGGGGCAGGGGCUUUGGUCCAUGCCCAAUGAUGAUGACUGCUUCUCAACAGGAACUACGCCUGCCAUGCCUUUGUGCCAUUCAGUCUAAUGUGAAAAUCUGAGUAUUCAUGCCUUUGAUUUUUCUUGCAUGGGAUGUGGGCACCAAUAAUAAACAGAAUAUUUACAGAGCCAUUUUUCACAGAUAUCUUUGCCAAUUAUACAAUAGAUAUUACAAAUGUACUUAAGUAUGUCUCAAUAUAGUGACAACCUGAAGAAAAUAAAAAAAUUAUUAUGAACAUAGCCAAAUGAUUCAACCGAAUUUCAAACACGAGAGGCCACAAAUGAUUAUUUUCACAUUUGACUGUAUUUUUUUUAUUAAAGCCAUUAAAAUUGAUCCAUGCCCAAUAUGUUUACAUCUGAAGCGGAAUUACGGUGACGUCCUGAAGGAGGUGGAGAGGCACUGGAGAUGGUCAUGUGCUUUCAAUAUGGCGGGACAGCAGGGUACAAAA